ACUGGCGUAUGUGGUAUGUUUAAUUAGUAAUGUACUUGGGGAAGGAAAAGUAGUCUGUCAACUAUCUUCACGCUUCAGCUGAUGCAUCGCUUCUGGUUGUACUUCUGUACUGUAGUCACAGCUUCAAGUAUAUUAGUACACAGAAAUAUAAAGACUUUCUCGAUUAUGUCUGCAGUGAGGUUGAAUUAAUGUUGUAAAUGAUUACUUGAAGCUGGGUUAAGAUGAUGCUGCCACUAAAAGAAGUCAUGAUGCUAUUGUCCCUGUCUUCUCUCUUGCGUUAGUUCCAUUUCUUGUUUUGGGCAAAGUGUUUGAUCAUAAAUCAAACAGGAUCUAGACAUGGUCCAAGUUAAUGCCAGCUGUCUUUGCUUUUGUUCAGGUAGUUUUAAUCCAGAUCAGUUCUUUAAUAUAUAUACUUUAUUUCUUUGAUUAGGGUUGCUUUGCUUGAUUUAUUUUGAGAUGUGAUUUGUAGCGUAUGGAAAGUGAGAAAUUUUUUGUUUUGUUUUCCUUCUAAAUUCAUCUUUUCUGCUUCUGUCCCAACUAGCUGAGACUUUCCUACCCUUCCAGUUGGGUUCCUGUCAAAUGUCUCCUCCUCUUGGACACAGAGGAGAGUGCAGAAAAGGGAUUGUUUCUACCUAGUGAUCUCUGUCAGCCAGGAGAAACCAUUCCAGGGAAGAGUCUAAUAAUCUGCCAAAGAUGGAUUAGAAAAUUUGGAAAACUUAACAAAUACGUACUAAGUUGGUGUUAGCUAAGUUGGUGUUAGCUGGUCUCUUGCACGCUCUGACUUUUCAGAUAUCUAUAACUUGAUAGGUUUAUCUUUUAGGAUAGAAAAGGUAGGUCCUAGAUUUAAGGUAAAUGGUUUUCCCGUGUAAACAAUUUUGUUCAAAAAAACGUUCAGAGAUUAGAAUAUUUCAAUUAAGAGACUGUCGUGUUUGACUUUUAACAACUUCAAAUUUGUUUAUCCUUAAGUUUCUUCUGAAAAAUGAGUAUGUUGCUUUCCGCCUUUACCCUGCAAAUGUUCACUAAAUAUAUUAAUCCAGGAAAAUUCAUCUCAGAUGUUUGAAAAGAGCAAAAUUGAGGGCUAUGAAUGGAGCCUUAUACCUGGAAGAAUUAGGCUGUGGAAACUUUUCAGUUCUGUGUGUGAGGUCAGUGUUUCAUUAGUAAUUUCCAGAAUAGUCUCUCUGCAGCAGUCUGGUUUUGAAAUCUUUCAAAAAAAAAUUUUUUAAUCUUUCUCAAGAUGUUUUAUAUCAACCUCUUUUUAUUACUAAAUGAUCCUUUUUUGUCUGUUUUUAUUUAUGUUGCAGUUCAGUCAGAGAAAGACAAACAGAACAAUUAUCUGUUUCACAGUUUUCUUUACUGUUUGAACUCUUAACCAAAGCAUAUACUACUAUACUUUGAUAUGGGGAUAGGUGAAGGAGCAGUAUCAAAAGAUUGUGUUUCGGUGAGCGUUGAGGAUGACGUUGAAGCAGUGAUUAUUGACAAUUCUGAAGUGGAAGAUGGAGAAAAUGGACUGUCCACACAAAGCUGCAUGUCAAUGGAACAAAACACUGAAGUAAACAGUGAUGUCCACCAUGUGGCUCAACUUGCAUAUGGAAGUGAGGGCUUAUCAGUGCUGGCUGAACGAGUGGUAUCGCAGAUGAGCCAUUCUCCAAGUAUGCAGAGAGGAAAUGCUCACAACCCUGAGAAAAUGGAUUAUGUGUUUUCACGUAAUAAAAGAAAACGACUUGCCCCUACUCUAGUGGGACAGAAUGUGAUGAAAAUGGGGGAAGGAGAAUACGAAGAUAGUGACAGUGUCAUUUAUGAGUAUGAACCAGACUAUGAAUGUGGGAGUAUCAUAUCUGAAGCUUCCUACACAGGAGAUCUGCAGAAAACUCUUAUGGAGGUCCUCAGUUAUUGCCAGGCCAUGUAUGAUGCCAUUCAGAAACUGGAUAAAAAAUUUGACUUGCUUCAUCGAAAAGUCUCCGAAAUGCAGCAUACUCGUGUGAAGCCACUGUUGCUCAAACCUAGACCAGUUGGCUUUGCAUACAGAAGUUCCAGUCACUUGCCCCAAGGAAAAACUGGAGUACAAAAAUCAAUGGAAAGGGAAUCAAGCCUUCAUCUCCCUUCACCAGGACAAGGAAGGCAUAGCCCAGUCAUAAGGGUUGCUCUGCAAAAGGGCCAUGUUCAGGUCAACUCCACAAUAAAACGUGUUCAACAGACUCUUCAACUUGAAUCACAGCAGCCUGUUCUAAGGCAGAGCCCACCACUCCCCACUAUAGUUUCUACUCAUUCAUUGCAUUCACCAUACGCGGCAACUAAUGGGAUCCCUGACCUUCCUCCACGAUCAAAUCUUGCAACUACUGUUGUGGAAAGCACUGUCAACAUUGCGUCUUCACCAGUGGCAUCAUCAGUGAUGCCACCAUCUUCUGAGACCAAUUUGGGAAAUAAUGCUGUGCUGGUGAACUACAGAAAUGCAUCUGGGAAUGUGAAUAUUAGUAAAGAGCUGCCAUCUUCUUCAGUCUCGAUCAAUCCUAGCUUUGAGUAUGUUGGUGACCCACUGAGAAAUGUAAAAGUUCUUGGAAACUAUUUGAUGAAAGCUCGGCAAAAGACUAAACCAAAGUAUGCAGCACGCUACUUGGUCCGUGUCUUGUUCCCCAAGGAAACAUUAUUGUGUAGCAUUAUGGGAGUGAGCGCACGAGGGCGCAGAACAUUGGACGCUAACAAAAUUGCUGCAAUAAGAGAAUUUCUUGCAGCUAACUUUCCAAACUAUGAUUUAAGUGAAUAUGGAAAAGACUGGAAAACCUGUAUCACAAACGUCAAUGCCAUGAUCCGCUGUUUACGCUCUGAAACAAAAAUAAACCCAGAGACAGCUGAAGGGAAAGAAAAAUUGGCUGACACUCCAGAUACGUCUUUUUGUGUAGAUUUAAAUUGUAGUGAGGAUAGCGAAGGCAAUUCUCAAAACUCUCAGCAAAUGACCACCUACAAAUCUGCAAAUGACCAAAAUGACAGACUACAGAAUUCAGGAUGGGAUAAAUUUCCAGAAGCUUUCCAUACACCUUCAGUCAAGAAGCUCCAGUCUCUGGAACCUAUGGAACUUCUUGGGAGUCCUUGGCGCAACGUUCAGUUGCCUUUCUCAGUCAUUUACGUAGCUAAGGGGAAGUCUCGGCCAGAGUUGUCAGCUCGCUAUCUAAUUCGUCAUCUCUUCACGGAAGAUGUACUGGUGAAAAGCAAUGUAUAUGGUAAUCUUGAACGCGGCAUGAGUCCCCUGGACUGCAACAGAAUUAAUGCCCUCAGAGACUUUCUUCAAGAGAACUACCCAUCGUUUGAUCUGAAGGAAACUGGAUAUGAUUGGAAGGCAUGCGUGGCUGCCAUAAACAGCACAAUCCGCAGUCUCAGACAUGACCUUAAAAAGGCUACAGUUGGAAUGCGCAGGAGAAUCUUGGCAAUGCCACCAGCGAGCGAAAAAAGUCCUCCACAGAGUCCCACUUCAGUAAAGCCAUACGAAAGUGACACUAUCAAUCUCACAGACUGAAGUCCUCCAGCAGCUGUCUCAAAUAUUAGUUUAGUAGGUUUUUAUAAAUCCCACAUAGAUGCCUAUUACACUGAGUUGUCAGCAGCACUAAAUAGUAUAUUUCGUGAGACCAAAGUUGUCGGAAGACCUAGGAACCCUAACUACUUGUAUAAGUAGGACUCGUGCUCCCCAAAGAGAUGACAUCUGGCUGUUCCCUCUAGCGUUUGUGAUGUGCACUUUUCUGAAAGCACCUUCUUUUCAAGAUUCAUUGACUCUGAAAGAAUAAUUUGAUUACAGAAGACUCGCUGCACAUCAAGUCAGCAGAAGCAGAUAGGAAUGGGGAGAGAAGGGAUGGUCCUCCUUGGAGAAAGAUUCAUAGCCAGUUAAGAGUAUCUCGUUAUGUGUGGGGAAGGAAAUCUGAUAAAACAGUUGGAUAUUUUAACCCAUAAUAUCUAAUGCAGAAAGGAAAAUACAAUUGUUACUGCAUCUAGCUAAUUUGUCAUAUAUGUAUCUCUCACUUUUUCCCUCCUGUAGCAGUCUUUGUUGUAAGAUAAGAAAGGAGGCAGACAACAACGUAAGUACAGUUGUUGGUAAGUAAUGUUUUCUUCCCUCUGAUUUAGGUCUGGUCUGCAAACUCAGAAAAGCACCCAGGACAGACAUCCCAACAUUUAGUUCCGUUUGUUCUUGAUGUAAAUUCAAAGAAAAUAAGUCUUCAGGGGCAUGGUCUACUGUUCAGUGGCAUAUGUGUGUCUCAUGACUGAUGUCUACAAAAUGCAAAUCUGCUACAACUUUUAUCGAGAGGAUUUGGAUCCUAAUACAGAUUUAAGAAAGAAUAAUUUCCAUCAGUGUCAAGUCAUUGGUCCUCCAGUUAAGAUAGAGAUUCUACUGCUUGUAUGCACUUGGAGAUGACCAGCAUCAGUGGUACAGCUUCCCCAGCUCACGAUCAUAGCUUUUAGUAUAUAGGUCUGCAGCUGCUGGUCUCCAAGGUUAGGCAUAUUACUUUGUCUUAUUAGGCUGCAUUUUUGAAGACUUGUCAUCCUGUCCUUGUUAACUUGCACGUCUCUCAGAGUUUAGUGAUUAUCCCUGUCUUGGCCUUUCUUUAUGUUCACACAACACUAAGAGUUAUUAAUGGGCUGAAUUACAAAAACAAACAAACAAACAAAAAACCCCAAAACCUCAUUUUGGAAAUUACUGGGAUGUGAAAAUAAUAAAAAUACGUAAAUAGAAAUUAAUACCUAUAUGCAUUCAAUUUGACAUCCCCCUCAGUUUUGUUCAUAAACUGAAAUUCAACAACAGCGGUUUUACAGAAGUUAAGGAGUUUGUUUGGGUUUUUUUUUUUCCAAAAGAGAAAAUAUUCUGUAUAUGCUUUCCUGUUGUUUGUUUCUUCCAGCAUCAGUCACACAGUCCUGUCACUUUUUACAUGUUGGCUAACUGGUGCGUGAACUUGCCUUGCCAUUUAUAUCAUCUCUGAGCUUAGUCUCAGAUGUUCAGAUUUUUCACAGAAAAAUAGCUCUUCAGAAGACUGACACAAUAAGGAACACAUUUCAUCCCUGAAAGCUGAUGCAACUGGGACUUCCAAAACUAUGUCUGUGUACAUAGCAGAAUCUAACUAGAUCUGUCCCCCAAGACAAAGGUUUUAUGUUUUUUUUUGUUUUUAUUAGCAAUAGGGUAAAAUAGGAGUGAGAUUAGUUGUUUUCAUUUAACUUCUAUCCAUAACAAAUGGGUAGUGUUUAUUAUAUACAUUAAAGGAUCACAAUACAUUUUUUUUUUUUUAUUGCAAGUUAGGAUAUGCAGUGUCCUUAUCAAAUAAGAAAUUAAUGUUUCCCCUACCAACUUUUUCUUGCCAUGCAGAUAUCUUCGGCAGACUUCAAGAAAUAAGGUUGAACUGAUUAAUUCUCAGAGAAAUGUUGUACUGCUGUUGGUCAGUAACUUAUGAAAUUUGGUUCCUCUUGUUUACUACCAACAAAUUCUGCUGUUACUGUUCUAUACAGUCUUUCUUGUAAAUGCCAAUAGUUUUUAUAUUGUGUGUAGAUAUGACUAGUUUCAAAUCUCAGAAGAAGCCAGAAAUGCUUAUAUUUUUUCAGUAGUUAUAUGAAAUUUUUUCCACUGUCAUUCAUAGAUUUUAAUGGUAGAAUGAUAUAUUUAUUGAAUAACCUGUCUGGCACUGAAAUCUGUUAAUGUGGUGCAUACCUCUAGCUUCCAUAUUGAAAAGAGAGCUGAAUAAUUGAAUAAAUGUAGAAAUAGUUUUCUUGUUUCUGUUAGAAAUGUAUCAUUUUUUGCUAACUUUUAUAAAAUAAAAUUACAGUAUUUUGCUCUUAGAAAAAAUAUUUUACAAAUAAAAGUAGCAUAUAGCUCCUUGACUAAC